AUGGAUGACGUUGAGAUCAAUACAAAAGACGACUUUAAUAAAACCCCGCUCUUAUGGGCCACUGCGGGAGAACAUACAGAGGUAGUCAAACUCUUACUGGAUAGCGAGAGUAUUGAUUCCCACACAGUGGAUAAUUUUGGCCAAAGUCCACUAUGGUGGGCAGUCGAGACGGAGAACGAGGUGGUAGUUGAAUUACUAUUCCAUCGAGACCCCAAUAUUCGAAACAAUAUCAGUCAAACAAUACUAAGGAAGGCUCUACAUAAGGGAAACAGAAGAAUGUUCGAGGCACUCCUGUCGAAAAGCGAUGUCGAUCUUAACGCGGUAGACGACGAUGGCCAGACACUUCUAUUAUGGGCUACUAAGCGCGGGGACGCUGUCACGGUUAAAACGCUUUUGGCUCUAAACAAGAGCUUUGACGUAAAUACGCAAGGCCAAGAACCUCGAACUCCGCUGUGGUGGGCUGUAACUAUGGGAAAUGAGGAGAUAACCAGGCUACUUCUUUGCUCAGAGGGCGUUGAUAUCAAUAGCAAAAGCAUUCACGGGCAGACGCCUCUAUGGUGCGCUAUUAGUACGGGGCGGUUAUCGAUUCUUACGAUAUUGCUGAGAGAGGAAGGAAUCAAAGUUAAUGGGAUAGACCGCUCUGGCCGGACGCCACUCUUGCUAGCUGAGUACUACCGAUGGCAGAGCAGGACUUUGCGUGAAAAAGAGACAGCUGCGAAUGGAGCUGAAAAGAUCAUUGAUUUGUUGCUUCUUAAAUGCAUUAAUGUUAAUGCAGUAGACGCUGCUAGCCGGACUGCGUUGGCAAUAGCGGCAAAGAAGGGACAAAGCGGGGUGGCUGAACGUCUACUGACUGUGGAAAACAUCGAUGUGACACUCCAAGAUAAAGAUGGUGCAACAGCUCUAUGGCAUGCGGUUGACAACCGAUCCGAGUCAAUAGUUUCACUCUUACUCGCUCAUGCUGAUAAUGAAGUUAACACACGAAAUGAUGUAGAUCAAUCACCGCUACUUAUCGCAACCAUCUAUGGGUAUACGGAGAUUUUCCGAUUGCUGCUCGAUGAAGAUGGGAUCGAUAUAAACGGAACGGACUUGAUCGGGUGA